GAAAAGUAACCGAUGACCUCCACUUUUAACUUUUUAAGCCUGAUUUCUCCUCAUCGAUAAGUCAUGGUUUCCUGAGAUAGUCAUAGGGCGCAACUGAACUGACGUGAUUUUUGGAAGGGCGGUAUUUUCGAUCAUUUUUUGAUGACAAACGUGGCCUUUCGCUCCAGAGCUUUACCUGGUACCAACUUCCGAGCCAGUUGCUGCCAGUUUGCUUUACCGCCCGAAAAGUAAGUCGGCGUAAGCAAAUGAACUGGGAGCAAUACAGCAGUCAUCCCAAGUCGUAGAGUGGAGCUGCCGUGGACACCGAUUACAAGAAAUUAUUGGUUGGGUGUGCUUUGUAGUGACUUCUUGGAGGGCUUUUGGAGGCUGAACUUGAACAGGCAACCAUCGGGACCCAUUUUCCUUGUCCCUUGCUCCUUGAAUCGAAUCCUUGAAUAAUAGAAUAAUGGACCCUCCUUCGAGCUAUGAAAAAAAGCCGCAAUGGCACCCUCCUUCGAGCAUUGAAACAAAACCGCCGCCGAAGGAAACAAAGCCGCAAUGGCGGAUUCUUCCUUUGCUGGCUGCGUUUUUGCUCACAGCUCCACUGGCGCAGUACAUGUCUAUUACUAGGCUCACUCAGGAGACAAUAUCCCCUCCCUCAUCAAACUCCCCUCCAAACCUCCUAAACCUCGCACUGGUCGAGAAGCAGCAAAGACAGAUUCAAAUGGCAAGGGAUCUGCUCCUGGUUACCCCCCUUGGUAAUUCCACCGCCGACAAUAAGGGCGUUCAUGCUUUGAAGUGCUCCAUGACUUCCAAGGGACACAACCCAGAACACCUCGUCCAAUCUAAAUUUGAUGACUCUCAAGGCUAUGUAGGGUUGGACAUCAAGAAGAUAACUGCCAUAUCCAAGACUUUACAGGAGCUGUCAUUGAAGAAGCCAGCAACAACCCUCAUCCUGGUAGUGGAUGCGUUUGAUGUGGUGAUUCAAGGGACACCAGAAGAGAUUAUCCAUGCAUAUGACUCACAGCCCUAUCCAAUCCUGUUUGGUUCGGAAACAGCAUGCUGGAACGCAGCAACUAAAACAUCCAAAAACAAUGCGUCUACUCCUCUGUGCACGCAUCCUAUUCUUCAAAGGAGCAUUGUGAAUGGUCGCUACCUGAACUCGGGUAUAUUCAUGUCGACUCUUGGAACUCUGGUCCGCUUUUUUGGUGAUGUAUUGGAGGAACUUCCAUCAGAAAGAGAGGGUCUGGAACCACAGCAAGGGCAACCAGGGCAGUUCUAUGACCAGGCAUACUGGGGGUACUGGUACACAAAGUACCAUCCACUCAUUGGCCUGGAAGUCAGGGACGAACUCAUUGUGAACAUGGAUAGAAGACUCCGAAAAGGGCUGGCUUUUGACAAAAAAACUGGAUUGCUGUUUGUGGGAAACCAAGCCCCACCGAUUAUGCAUUUUCCAGGGUCCCAUCCAAAGCUAUUCAAUCCAUACGUUGACGCCAAGCAGUACUACAAUGAGCUGUGCUAG